GAAAAGGGAACAGAAGAAAACAACGAGGAAAGACUGAAGGAAACACUUUUAGAGAUACGAACACAUGAAAGAAGAAACGAAUGAGACUUUUCAUUCUGAUUUAAGCAUUUUUAUGACUGGAGCAAAGAUCCAUUAAUUUGCGUUCAUGGCUCUCUUCGAUGGAACUUUUUAGAGAACUCAAUUGAUUGCGCAUAUCAGCGAUGUUUCGGCGAGCGACUAUAUCCCAUAGUCUUCUUCGUGGGCGCAUAUUAAUGAAAAACACGGACGUUAUCGUUUGGGAAUAACUGUGCGCAACAUUUAGAACAAGUAGGCCUAUGUUAUCAGUCAAUAUGGACAGAACGGAGGCAGCGGGGUGGAAAUUCCUACGGGACUCUCUCCUACUUUGUGUUUUUGCCGGUCACAGUGAGGCCCAGUGUGAUGGCUGUGUGGAAUACUGCUGUGAAGGCUCUCCCCCUUUCUGCUGCUCCUACUACGCCUAUAUGGGAGAUGUCCUCUCGGGCACGGCGAUCUCGGGCAUCGUGUUUGGUGUGGUGUUUCUGAUGGGAGCGCUGGCGGCCUUCUUCCUGUGUGUGUGCAUGUGUGUGAAGAAUGGGCGCGGGGCCCGGGUGGACGUGUUCAACACCUCCUACAUCAACACUGUGUCCCAGGGCUACCCAGGACCCCCACCUCCCUACACCUAUGAGAUGUACCCUUCGGCCAUGCGCCCCCCUCCCUACACCCCCACCCCACCCAGGAUAGACAGCUACUCACCUCCCCCUCCGUAUCCGGGCUGUAACCGCAAAUGACUUGAAGACAAAAUGGAGAAUCCUGACCAGGCUACUUGCCCUUCUGAAGGAGCACAUCUUGGAUUAAGUUUAUGCAGUGUUCUAGCAGAGAAAGAUGAGACUAUAGGCAUUGCGUUUAGAACAUCUGGAUCACUUAAAAUGACUGCAUGUGGACUGGACCACUUUGACCGUUUCUUGUGUGUGUGAUUGGUUCAAUUGAACU